AUGGAAGAAAAAGCAUACGAGUCUUUACCCUAUGAUCUCAUAGUUGACAUACUUUCACGACUACCCGUCAAGUCUCUUGUUCGAUUUAAGUCUGUAUCCAAGUGUUGGCUCAAUUUAUUCACUGAUCCAUACUUUGUUAAGAUGCACCUCAAUCGAUCCCACAAGCGCAAAAAGCUUGUUUCUUGGUGCACUUGUUCUCCAAUUUUUUUUACAAACAUUCCCCUUAUAUGUUCCCUUGACAAUGACCAGCCAAAAGCAGUUCACAUUGAAUCUCUACUUCCUUUUCGAACUGAAUCGAUCAGGUUCUAUGGUUCUUGUGAUGGCUUGAUUUUGUUCUUAAAUUUUCCUUCCCGUAGACUUUGCCUGUUGAAUCCCUCAACCAGAGAGCUCAACAAAUUACCAAACUCACCAUUCCAAAACAGACUAACAGUUUCGUAUGGAUUUGGCUAUGAUGCGUCGGCUGAUGACUACAAGGUUGUGGAGGUCUCGUUCACAGGUUUUCAAAGCAAUGCGAGUGUGUAUGCACUAAAAACAAAUUGUUGGAGAAAGGUUCACAGCUUCCCUUACGGUAUCAGGAUCUAUAACGGGGGUACACUUUUCAAUGGUGUUCUCCAUUGGUUGGCCUGUGGCAAAAUGCCUAGGAUAGUUGCUUUUCAUUUAGCUGAUGAUAAAUUUCAAGACAUUCCCUUUCCUUGUUUUGAAACACCAAGACCUUCACCUCGUGUCAUUGGAGUUGUCAGAGGUAGUCUUUGUAUCAAGGUAACAUCAGAUGAACUUUGGGUGAUGAACGAAUACGGCAAGAGAGAGUCUUGGAUCAAAGUUAACUUCCGACAAAAAGAGACUGCUGCAACUUUUCGACCGUCGACGAAGCCUCUGAUGGUUCAAAACUACAAUUUAGAAAAAAAUACAUAUAGCUAUAUACAGAUUCCGUGUACUCAUGAUUGUCAUGGGAAGCUAACUGAUCAUCAUGAAGCAGAGAAUUGUUUGGAAAGCAUUGUUUCACCCAGUCAUGUCAUCACACAUGAUUAA